AUGUAUUAUGCUUGUUUCCUCUGUGCCUGCUUAUCUAUCUAUCUAUCUAUCUAUCUAUCUAUCUAUGUAAUUCUUUUCAUUAUUAUAUAUCUAUCUAAUCUAAUUCUUUUCCUUAUCUAUCUAUCUAUCUAUCUAUCUAUCUAUUAUAUCUAUCUAUCUAUCUAUCUAUCUAAUCUUUUUCAUUAUCUAUCUAUCUAUCUAUCUAUCUAUCUAUCUAUCUAUCUAUCUAAUUCUGUUCAUUAUGUAUCGAAAUUAAAUACAAAUAACAUUAUAUAUCCCACUCUGUCCUAUCUAUCUAUCUAUCUAUCUAUCUAUCUAUCUAUCUAUCUAUCUAUCUAUCUAUCUCAGUCUGUUCAUAUCUAUCUAUCUAUCUAUCUAUCUAUCUAUCUAUCUAUCUAUCUACUUGAGUUAUUUUCACUAGAUUACAUUUUAUCUAUCUAUCUAUCUAUCUAUCUAUCUAUCUAUCUAUCUAUCUGUCUGUGUGUCUGUCUAUCUAUCUAUUCAAAAUUCGUAAUACAUAACAAUAUGAAGAACUUUAAUUCACCGGUGUAUUUAUUAUUUGUUAUCUAUCUAUCUAUCUAUCUAUCUAUCUAUCUAUCUAUCUAUCUAUCUAUUGUUAACCAAAGAGGAUAG